AUGGGAAAAAAGAGUCCCUCACAUCGCACAACCAUACAAGAACGCAAUAUUAUUUGGAUGAUAACCUCCCCCGAUCCAACGCCGCUUUCAUUUUUCCAAUAUUCAUUCCCAACACAUCGUGUUCGCGCAAUCCAAAGAUAUUAUCAAAUACUUAAUCUGGCUCUGAGCGAGACGGAUGAUCCAGAAGUGCUAUAUAAGCUUAAAAAAAUGAAAAGAACGGUGAAUGAGGCGAGAAUUUUAUUUGACUGGGAGACAUGGAUGCAACAAAAAUCAGCGAUUUUAGUUCACCGUUCUGUUUGUAAUACGAAUGUCCAUAUCCAUGAAGAAAUAAAUAAGACUUCAUUUUCUUUUGAGAGCGGGGAGGAUGAAGAAACUAAUGAGUCCGAAGAUGAUGUUAAAGAUAACAACGAAGAUCAUGAAAAUGAAUAUGGUAAAAGCGAAGACGUUGAAGAGGAUCAACGUGUUAAAGUCGAUAAGGAUUCAUUCGUUCAGGAAUUUGAGAAAAUACCAGAAUCAUCAAAAUUAAAAUUAAAAUCUGGCAGAUUGGUUGAAGAUAUACUUUUUGAUUACGUAAAAGAUCGCGAUUACGAACAGUUGAAAAUUGAAGAAUUGUUUAGUGAUGAAGAAUGGGCGGAAUUAACUAAAGAUAACUUAGGUAUUCCUCAGGUUCCAUUAAAUAUUGCUAAAGAAAUUGCAAGAUAUGGAAACAAAAACUUGGAACAAUUGCGCAAAACCGUAAUGGAAUCAUAUCUACCAAGUGAUGUUUCUUAUGAUAAUGAUCAGCAUAGUGACUUAGAGUGGAUCCAAAUGGCAAUAAGAACCAUUGUACAUUUAUAUGAAAAUGGUAAUUCUCCAUUGCAACGAAAUCAAUAUGAGUAUUGGUACACAAUCGUGUUGUUCGGAACAUGUAUAGACAUGCUAUUUCGUGAUUCAAAACUGGGAACAGACGUGAAAAGAUCGGAUGUGCCAUCGUACGCAAGUUCCAAUCGAAAAAAUCGCAAUAAAAGAACAUAUAGAAAAUUAGUUGGAAGGAAAAUUGAUGGAAUCAUUUAUCUAAUAGAAGAAUUGUACGAAAUGGGUGCAAUUGAAGGCGCGAGGUCGUAUGCAGGAAUACAUGAUAAGAAGUAUCUUGACGAAUAUUUUAAAUUACCUAAAUCACUCCGAGAUAUGCUAGCAGAUUUAAUGAAAGCUCUUAACUAUAAUAGUAUGAGGACGGCUAAAGUUCAAGUUUUUGGAAUUAUUCACCUUGGACUGAGAGUUCAAUUCAGUAGACUUUGGAGUGCAGGAGGAUCAAUAGCUAUCUUCAAAAAAGAUCAUCCACUGUAUGAAUUGCCACAUAACUUCUCGAAUGAUAAAUUUAUGCAAUUCUUAAAGUUUUUGGUAUCGACGUAUCAGUAUAAGAUGAUAUUGAAAAAUAAUAUUCAAGUUCUACAUGAAAGGAAAGAUAAUGAAGAUACGUUAUUAGAUGAAUUAUUAAAUGUUGGUCGACAACAAACACCACCUACAAAUACUACUGUUAAUUACUUUGCAGAUUGUUUUAGAACACCAAGAAAAGUAAGACGAAAAAAAGCAUGA